AAUUCAGAAUUCAUCUGGACUGUUCCGGACUAGAAGGCCGCCAGCAAGCCACCAUCCAGCUGUUCAUCUUCAGCAGCAGUCAAGCAAAGGAACCAAUCAGAUACACAAUCUACACGACCAUCGAGACCGUCUGUCCACCUAUUGACGGAUGGGAGGAGGCAACACAACCCCCUCUAUGCGAAGGCAAGAGUGCCAAGAGUACAUGCAAGACGCUGUGCAACGCGCGCAGCAGAGAGGAGCUGGCGGCGCUCUACUGCAAUGCUAGUGCCAUUGUUGUGGGAACGUUCCGAAAGACCAAAGUGCUGGAGAAAAGGUGUGAGAAUCGCGUUUUGCUGGCGGACUGGCGCUCGAAGCAAGUCAGCAGUGCUAACAGCUUCGCUGCUGGACAGGCAAUGACUCGGCGCAAGUUCCAGGUGGUGGUGGGGAGCGAGUUCAGAACGUGCAAGUGCCUUCGUCGCUUGAAGCGAGACAAACGCUACAUCUUCCUGGGCGAGAUGAGUAAGAAGAGCCGUACCAUGCACCUGACAGGUGCCAUGGCAUUUGUGGCCAAGCGCUCCGGUGAUGCGCGGGAAGUGCUGGGUUCAGUAAGGUGCCCAUGAAGAGCCGCUGUAGCCGGACCGAUACGGGCAACGUCGAACCAACCCAGACUUGGCGAAAUUGGAUCAGGGCGACUGAACAUUUUAGUUGAGAGAAACACACACACGCACAUACCGUACCGUGCAAAAGAUGAUGCUAUGGGAGAUACUGAACUAUGGGAAUAGCUAAGUCACUAGAAUGCCAAGCACUGUAUGUAAUAGACUUCAUCACUGAGUUCUGUUCGUUAUGGUCUAGACGUGCUCCGCUUGACUAUUUGUUGUAUGGCACGGUAUUUACACGCCAGGGAGCUACUAAACUUUUUAUUGUAGCUACUGACAUGGUAUUGUUCGAUAAGGACACGUAAAAUGCACACGUUUUGCACUUGAGCUACUUUCAGCAAUAGAAUUACUACAGGGUCUAUUAUCAUUUCAACAUCACCAGUAGUUCUAGGCUAUAAUUAUUAUAAAAGUGAGCACGCUAGUAUCCUAACAAUACUACUUGUAAGAAUGUGUUUUUGCUGAUACGUGACCACAAUGAAUCAUCAACUUAUAGCUCCAAUCCAAGAGAUUUCAAGGCUCUGUUGCAUUUUAGUUUCGCUAGACGUAUUUAGACCGUUGGCUUGCUAUUACCUUUGUUCAUUUUCAACAAGAUUAGGCACUGAAGAAGUCUUUUCUCGACCA